CUUUUGCUGCCCGAGAGCCGACACGUGCGUGAUGGAAGCGUUUUGACUGCAGGGAGCACAGCUACUUAACUGUCGCCCUCGUGGCUCUGCUGCGUCGCGUCUGGAGCAGCAGAGUGGGGGUUCUUGUGCUGCUCGACCUCGUCACCAUCCAUCGUACCAUUCCGCAGGACCAUGGCAGACACAGCCCAGCUCGACCUGGACACGGACCGCAUCAAGCAAUGGCGUUCCAUUGUCGCUCUGAUCAUCUUCGUCGUCGCCAACCUCGUUGUACUUUUCCCCUUCCACAUCCCCAUCUGGAUCCCUCAAAGGCCUGUGAAUGCCGCAUUCGCAGUCUUGGCUCGCCUGCGAGUGCUGUCGCCCAGGCAGGAGAAAAGGCAACGACAGGUCGCCCAGGUCCAAGCACUCGCCUUCGAACGAUGGAACUUCCCCAUGGAUUUUGUAACAGCACCCCUGAUUGCAGACCUGUUCUUGCUUGCCAUCGGAGCGAUUGGUCGAACUGAAGUGCACGAUGGCACUGUCGGGGCGAACCACAUUGCCCCGAUCGAUAUCAUGGUCUUCUUCUUGUCAUUAGCCUACAUUGCCUUGUCCAUCGAUGCCUCAGGAUUGAUUCGAUGGCUAGCCUGCCGCGUCCUGCGGAAAGGAGGUAAGCAUGGCUACAGGCUCUACUUCUAUCUGUAUACGUUCUUCUUCGUCAUGGCCUGCUUUGUUGGAAACGAUCCAAUCGUGCUCUCUGGCACUGCCUUCUUAUCGUAUAUGUCCAAGGCUUCUCGCAACAUCACAAACGCCACGGCCUGGAUUUUUGCUCAAUUCACGGUAGCAAAUAUUGGCUCCGCUGUGCUCGUCUCAUCGAACCCAACGAAUCUGGUGCUAGCCGGUGCGUUCUCUGUUAGGUUCAUCGUUUUUACCAUUAAUGUCAUUGUGCCCGUGUUGGGGACGAUUAUACUUCUUUUUCCUUGCCUACUAUGGCUCCUCUUCCGCAAGGAUGGGCUUAUUCCCCACGAGAUUGAGCUUGAGGAGCUUCCAGAGAACAUCAAGAACGCAGAGCCGGUUAACCCGAAUAUACCACAAGAGUACCACAAAAGAUUGACACCGGAAGAGCAGAGCGCACUCGCGAUAUCGACUGUCCUGAAUCCAUACCUGGACAAGAAGAGUGCCAUUGUGGGCGUCAUCAUAAUGAGUGCUACUCUCAUCACGAUCCUCGUCAUGAAUGCAACGAGCUCGAAUGGGCAUGAACAUCCUGUAUUCUGGGUGACACUGCCUGCAGCAGUCUUGAUGCUCUCAUGGGAUCUUUGCUUUGGGUGGAUACACCGGCACGAGACGCGUCAAAUCGCGGUCAACUCGUCCAAUCUUGGCUCGACGUCAAGAAAGAUUGGAGGAAGCGAAGACGAGGCUGACCACGCCAAUGACCAUGAAAGCGUUUUGGAUCUUACUGCAGAUGUCGAGAAAAGCGGUCUGUCAGAAGAGAGUAUUGAUGAACAGGCGGAUACUGGGCAGAAGAGCCCAAAAGCGUCACAUGACGCAGUAAGCGGGAAGUCACCGAGAAGAGAUCAUUCACAAACUCCAUCGAAGGAAGUCGUGCUCGAAAAGAUUGCCGUUCAGAUUGAAGAUCCCACCGACAUCAGUGAUCCGAAGCCCGGAAUGGCGGCGACAAUGAAAAGCUGUGAGCAACGAACCCUGCAUUCUGAAACAAUUCGUGGCUGGAAAUGGCUGCGCAGGACAUUCCCGGCGAGCAGUGUGGUCAUGACGCAUCUGCCUUUUAAGUUGGUUCCCUUUGCUCUCUGUAUGUUCGUGCUCGUUCAAGCCCUGGUCACCAAGGGCUGGGUCGCGGUGUUCGCAUAUGGCUGGGAUCACUGGGUGGAUCGUACGGGGGUCGUUGGUGCAAUUGGCGGGAUGGGCUUCUUGUCAAUUGUUCUAUGCAAUUUUGCGGGAACCAACAUCGGCACGGCCAUUCUUCUCUGCCGGGUAGUCCAGUCAUGGGUCGAAAUUCAUGAACAAAACGGGCUGCCCAUCAGUAACAGAAGGUUUUCGGCUACAGUUUACAGCAUGGCGAUAGGUCUGAACUACGGCGCUUUCAGUACGGCGUUCUCGGCGUCACUGGCCGGUCUCCUAUGGCGCAGCAUUCUCGAUCGGAUGGGCAUUCAUGUGCGAAGCCGGGACUUCGCCUUGGUGAAUAUUCCCAUCAUCGCAAUUGCCACAAUCAUUGCUCUCGUCAUUCUGGUUGGGCAGAUAUACAUCACGCGAGAUACAGAGGCUUACGUUCCGAGCAUGUGAGCAUUUGUAUGCUUUCUAUGGGGAAGCAUCGAAGGCACAACAGGCUGAGCCUCAAGAUGCGUAUACUCAAGUACAAAUCGUCUGGGCACUCUGCCACCAUAAAACAGGAUAGAAACUAGAUUAUUACCGCGUGCUUUGUCCGAGCGACUCAGCAACUUCUUCGCUCAUGUCAUCUCUGCCUAGUGCUGCGGAUCAAAGGCGACCUGUCUUUCAAACGAAGAAGGCAUGCAUCUACAUUAAAGCGGACAGUGCCUGCCGGCGAACAGCAGAGAAGGAACUUCGAAACUACAUCUGUCGCUAUCUCGUCACGACCCUAUUCAUGAGCCUGUCUGGCUUCGAGAGGCAGAGUGCCUUGAAUACGCUGCACAGGGCAGAGAUACAAUACGUGAAAAAUAUAAUCGCAAUCCACCCACUGCUGGUGUAAUGCGACAGAUUUCGACGCACAGUUCAGGUGCGCCGCACCUCCCGAAUAGUCGGUAUCGAGAGCACGAUUCUCAUUGUCAAAGACCCACCGGCGAGACUCCCUUUCGCAAGACCCUCUCAACAGGACCCAAAUACUUCCAGCGCAGUCGAAGCUCACUACGACCCCUGGUGCAUAUCCAAGAAAAGAAGAUGGCGACCCCCAAGAGCAGUAGGAUAAUGCGCUGGCUCUUGAUCAAGGAGCUGUCAGCAGCGCGAAGAAGAGAACCAAGAAGAACCAUGAGUACAAGACCGCCGAUGAACCUUCCAGACAGCAGACGCUCGCUGAUACUAAAGCCCAAGUUAUGGCUGAGCGAGAUGCCGCUGGAGAGACCACUCGGAAGCACUAUCCUGACUACAAAGAUUCCAAUGCUUCCUCCACCGAGAAAGACUUUGACGAGGCUAUUGAGCAAGAAGAGGAUGAAGGCGCCGGAGAAGAGCUCAGUGAAGAAAUGAACACAACCGCCACUGACGCCCCCCAAGAGGAUGACACCGAGUCCGAAGCAUUUGAAUCCGAAUACGAUACCGCCAACGACACCGAUUCAGAUGACCAGCUUAUAGACCCGCGAA